ACUCUCCCUUUCGCUCUCUCAUCUCCAAUGUCGCCUUCAGAACGAGACCCCCUCCUCACACACAACGGCAAUGGCCAUCCAGCCACCCGCCUCUCGUUCUUUCAACGCGUCGUGAAACUCGUCAAAGCAGAAGGCGAACCGGGCUGGCUGGCCUCCUUCAAAUUCUUCUUCUUUGGCUCCUGGUUCAACGUCCUUCUUAUCCUCACUCCUCUCGCUGUCGUCGCACAUGUCCUCGACUGGGAUGCUGCUCUCCGCUUCAGUUUCAGCUUUCUCGCCAUCAUGCCCCUCGCAAAAUUGCUCGGUGAGGCCACGGAGCAGAUGUCUAUGAAGCUUGGGCAGACUCUUGCGGGCCUGCUCAACGCUACCUUCGGAAACGCUGUCGAAAUUAUUGUCGGAAUCAGCGCCCUUUUGCAAGAUCAAAUUCAGAUUGUUCAAACCUCGCUUCUCGGCUCCAUCUUGUCAAACAUUCUUCUCGUCUUGGGAUGUUCUUUCUUUGCUGGAGGACUCUACCAUAGCGAGAAUGUCUUCCAGGUCACCGCUGCUCAGACUUCUGCCUCUCUCAUGACUCUCGCCUGUAUCACCCUGAUUAUUCCCGCAGCGUACCACUCUGCCCGCGUCGAUACCAACCCGGACGACGAGUACUCAGUCAUCCCGUCUACCAAUUCCACUUCUGAUAUGGUCUCGCCCAUGCAACAAGUCCACGACCUCGAUAAGGUGGGCCAGAAGGGUCUGUUGACGAUCUCGAGGGGAACAGCGCUCUUGCUUUUGGCGACUUAUGUCGCGUACUUGGUCUUCCAGUUGAAGACCCACCACCGACUCUUCCAGCCUCAGGUUAAGAAGGCUCCGGCGGCCCCCACUGACGAAGAGAAUGGAACUCUGUCUCCUGCUGGUGUUCAAGCUCAAGCGGAGGACGAAGCGGAGGAAGAGGAGGAGAUUCCGAAGAUGAGCGUUGUGGCUGCUGGCGUUGCCUUGUUGAGCGUGACGAUUAUUACUUCGUUCGUUGCUGACAUCCUCGUUGCUUCCAUCGAAGAGACCGCGGACAGAUAUAGUAUCCCCAAGCCGUUCAUCGGUCUUAUCCUUCUUCCCAUCGUCGCUAACGCAGCGGAGCACGUCACCUCUGUCUGGAUGGCCAUGAAGAACAAAAUGGAGCUCACAAUCGGUGUCUGUGUGGGCAGUUCGAUCCAAUUGGCGACGUUUGUCGUUCCGCUCUUGGUCAUUGUUGGCUGGAUUUCGGGCCACGAGCUCACCCUCUUCUUCGCCAACUUCGAGACCGUCGUGUUCUUCGUCUCCGUCCUGCUCGUUAACCUUCUCAUCCAAGAUGGGAGGUCGAACUAUAUGGAAGGCUUGAUGUUGAUCGUUUUGUAUCUCAUUAUCGCUAUCGCUUUCUGGGUCUCGGGAUAAAUUGCUCGACACUUAAGAGAUCCUCUCGCUUCGGCUGGUCGACGAAGCCACCACAAACUAUCACUCACUUCCACAGCGCACCAAAUAUCAUAUCCAAGAAUCGGUCUCAAUCGACCUAACAAACAUCACAAACGAUGCGGCCCCAUUGCCACAUCCCUCAUACCUGCCCACGCUGGCACUCCCUUUUUCGUUUUUAAUCCUGCUUAUAGUUCACCGAUCAUUACUAUUCCUUUUGUUUAUAUCGCUCCAGCUUUGCGCUACCUUCCUCUGCGAACCUCCAUCUCAUUUUCGUUCCUUCUGCUCGUAUCCGACGCCGCUGAUGAUCGAUGGACUCCGGACCGUUCCUUCUUGUGCUUUCCUGUGAUUAUUCUUCUUGCUCCUCCAUAUCGUACUCGUGCUUCGCUUUCAAGCUGCUGGCAGGUACAUACACGUACAUACAUCCGUAUAAAGUCACUUACCUACUUGCCGUGCCGUCUUAUUGAUGUGUGGUAUAUGCGUACUACUUACCAGGUCGACCUUUUGAUUCUUCGUCUUCGUCUUUCUACUCCUGUUUGUGUCGUGGUACUGAUACUUGAUACUCGUAGUCGCACUACGGGACAAUUCUGCUAGAGGCUAGAACGGUUCGACGACAUCAAAUUCAGUAGUAUGAGUAGGCUGUCGUAUAUCGAGCCCGUCUAUUCGUCUAGCAGAGUUUUUGCUCUAUUUAUUCUCCGAUUCUC